AUGGCUAUAGUUUUUAUCCUUGCAUCACUGAUAAUCCUAGUCCUACUUGUCAAUCUCACCAUCAAAUUCACAAGAAUAUUAUCAAGAACAAAGUCCUUGAAUCUUCCACCCGGCAGCUACGGAUGGCCGAUUCUUGGUGAAACACUCGAAUUUCUUCGUGCUGGUCUAGAUGGUACACCCGAGAAAUUUGUCAAAGAGAGAAGCGAUAAAUAUAAAUCGCAAGUGUUCAAGACUUUGUUGAUGGGAGAGAAUAUGGCCGUUUUCUGCGGGGCCUCUGGGAAUAAGUUCUUGUUCAGCAACGAAAAUAAGCUUGUUACAGUUUGGUGGCCUAGCUCUGUCAGACAACUUCUCGGACCAUGCUUAGCAACCAGCGGUGGAGAUGAAGGCAAGCAAAUGAGGAAGAUGGUUUCUUAUUUUCUGGGCCCCGAUGCUUUCACUAGGCUUUACAUCAAAACCAUGGAUUUAGUUUCCCAGCAACAUAUCAAGAAUCACUGGCAAGGUAAAGAGGAAGUAAAAGUGUUUCCAACGAGCAAGUCUUACACGUUUGAACUCGCGUGUCGACUAUUUAUGAGCCUAGAGGACCCGAAGCAGAUAUCAGAACUUGCUGCUCUGUUCAAUAUUUUCUUGAAGGGUAUAAUAUCGAUUCCUAAGAUGAGACAAUUAAGGAGCGAGUAUCCAAACAGAACACGUACGAUGGAUAGCAGCAUGGAAGAUUCUAGAGCGGCACCAACAACAAUCGACCUGCAGCUGCUCGUGAUUGAUUCAAAUGCAAAAAGGGAGAAGAUGAGAAUAUUAUGGUUUGUGUUGUCCAUGUAUGUUUGGUCACUUUAUUCGUCAAUACUUAUUGUUUGGACGUCUGCAAGUUCAAUGAAGAUAUUCGGGAAAGGAGAAGGCUUUUACAUUUUGUUGGGACUUACUGUGGUGGCAAGUGUUAUGUCCGUUUAUAUUUGUAUUGCGGCAAUUGGAACUAUUUUUUAUAUCCGUUUACUUCAUACCCGACGUUUUGAUAUCCUGCGCACAUGGAGUCUCAGUAAACCAUUGACCAUAUUAUUCGGCCCCGUUGAUUUCGACGCUAUCCUCCUCCAACUUAGACGACCUGAUGAUCAUCAUCAUGCAUCAGAAGAAAGCUUACAUAGUAGUAGCAUGGGGGAUUCUCAUGGAGUGCAGGCAGCCGUGAAUAUUGAUUCAAAUACAAAAAAGGAGUUGAUGAAUGAGUAUAGGUCUAAGUUGGAAACUGGGAUUGGGUUAACAUUAUUUUUAAUGUUUCCUGCUGGUAUGAUGGGUUAUGUAGUAUUUGGGGGACAAAAACAAGUACUUCCUGUGUUUCUGGCUGCCACGGUGACGGUUGGGGUGAAUUUCAUUGUGGUGAUGGGAAAAGCUUGUCUGUUACUUCUAUUCUAUUUUGGAUGUGAAGAUUGUGUGCGCGCAUUGAGUCAGAACGCAUUCGUCAUCUUAUUAUUCGACACUAUCAACGCCAACAACAUUUUCCAGCGUAUACAAGAUCAUCAUCAACCAUCACCAUUAGUUACACUUCCAGUCUAGCUAGCUAGCUAGCUACUUAUUACGUUUUCAUUUCAUGUAAUAAAACAAAGAAACAAAGGGAUUUUAGUACAAUGGCUAUUGAAUCGGGUAUGUGCUCAACUCAUUUAUAUUCUUCAUUCUCAUUCUUUUUCUUUUCCUUCUAUUUUAUGGUAAGAGGUUUUGUUUUGGUUUUUUUUUUCUUCUUACAUAAACCGUAAAUCUAGGAAUAAAUUAUCUGUGAUUGAAAAUUUAUUUGUUAUACUUUUUGCUAUUGAAUUUUUGAAUAUACAAAACAUUGUUGAGAUUAGCACCAUGUCAAGUCAUGGAAACCUUUGGAAUGAUUUUAUUU